AUGACUGAUGGCGAGGGAAGAGAGCACUUUCACUACCUGGAGAGCGAGGAGGUGAGGGUACCGAUUUCGGGACAGGGAGAGGACCCCGGGGAUGAGGAGGACGGAGGCUGCAAUGUGAACCCUGCUCAGGGUAGUACUGGUUCAGGGGAGUCCGGUGGCCGUGAUCCAGCUCCGGACCUGGUCUCGGAUGAUGAGGAGCAGUCCCCUUAUCCGGCCCUCGCUCCUGUGGUCUUCUUCUGCCUCAAACAGACCACUCGUCCUCGCAAUUGGUGUCUCAGGCUGGUUUGUAACCCUUGGUUCGAGCAUGUGAGCAUGCUGGUCAUUCUCCUGAACUGUGUGACCCUGGGUAUGUUCCAGCCCUGCGAGGACAUCAAGUGCCAGUCUGACUGGUGUAUCAUCCUGCAGGCAUUUGAUGACUUCAUUUUUGCCUUCUUCGCUGUGGAAAUGGUCAUCAAGAUGGUAGCUCUGGGGAUUUUUGGCCAGAAGUGUUACCUUGGUGACACGUGGAAUCGUCUGGACUUCUUCAUCGUGAUGGCAGGGAUGAUGGAGUACUCGCUGGACGGCCACAACGUCAGCCUGUCGGCCAUCCGCACCGUGCGUGUGCUCAGACCCCUCCGCGCCAUCAACAGAGUGCCCAGUAUGAGAAUACUGGUCACUCUGCUCCUGGAUACCCUGCCUAUGUUAGGCAACGUCCUGCUUCUGUGUUUUUUUGUGUUCUUUAUAUUUGGAAUUGUUGGAGUCCAGCUCUGGGCAGGUCUGCUGAGGAACAGGUGUUUCUUGGAGGACAAUUUCAAAACGAUGCACAACCUGUCCUUCCUGAGUCCGUACUACAAGCACGAAGAGGCGGAGGACAACCCCUUCAUCUGCUCCGCCAAUAGGGACAACGGCAUGCUGCGCUGCCACGACGUGCCCCAGCUCCGGGAGAGCGGGGCCGACUGCCAGCUCAGCAUGGACUAUGUCAGCCCAAGCCACUACGGCCUGGAAGGGGCCAGCAAGAAUGGCUGCAUCAACUGGAACCAAUAUUACAAUGUAUGCAAGGCCGGGGAACUCAACCCGCACAAAGGGGCCAUUAACUUUGAUAAUAUUUGGUACGCUUGGAUCGCUAUUUUCCAGGUGAUCACUCUGGAAGGAUGGGUGGACAUCAUGUAUUAUGUUAUGGAUGCACAUUCCUUUUACAAUUUUAUAUAUUUUAUAUUUCUCAUUAUAGUGGGCUCCUUCUUCAUGAUCAACCUGUGCCUGGUUGUCAUCGCGACCCAGUUCUCCGAGACCAAGCAGCGGGAGAACCAGCUGAUGCAGGAGCAGCGGGCGCGCUACCUCUCCAACGACAGCACGCUGGCCAGCUUCUCGGAGCCGGGCAGCUGCUACGAGGAGAUGCUGAAGUAUAUCAGCCACCUGUACCGCAAGGUGAAGCGCCGGAUGUCGCGCCUCUACAACAGGUGGCAGAACAAGCGCAGGAAGAAGGUCAACCCCAACAGCAUCGGCGGGGUCGGUGCCGGGGGCUCCAACGGCCACGGCCGGCGGUGGGGCAGCAAGCGGCGGAUCCGCUCCAUCCACCACCUCAUCCACCACCACCACCAUCACCACCACCACCACUACCACAUCAGCAACGGCAGCCCCUGCGCCGACCCGAGCAGCUCGGAGAUCUGCGACUCGGUGGAGAUGAAAACCGUGAGUCCCGGGGCCCAGCUCAUGCUGGCCUCUCCCGUGGCCAGCCUCCAGGGCCCCUCCCCCGCGGCCCAGUCGGUGCACAGCGUCUACCACGCCGACUGCCACUUUCAGGGCCACCAGGUCCGGCGCAAGUCUUCCGGCAUGUCAGGGAGUGUGCGGCUGCUGGGAGGGCUCAAUGGAGGCACAAACUAUCCCACCAUCAUGCCCUCUGUCAUCUGCAACUGCACCAGCACCAACACCCGGGGCAAGGGCAAGAAGGCGGCUGCCCACGCCUUGAAUCUGGGCAGAGGCUCCGCAAGCCUUGGCGGCAUGGACCCCUACAGCAAACUGCAGCAGUUUGUGGGGGAGCACGGUGUGUGCCGGGGUUCUGGUCACCUCUCGGGGGUUGGAUUGCCGUUCCAGAUAGCGGGGGCGGUGCCCAGCCGGCUGUCCUGCGAGCUGAUGAACUGCCCCUACUGCGCCAGGGCGCUGGAGAACCCCGAUCAGGAGCUGAGCGACUCGGACAGCGCUGGCUCAGAGGCCGAUGGCGUGUACGAGUUCACCAGGGAUGUGCGUCAUGCGGCAGAGGGCAAGGCUGAGCGGUCGCGCCGCCACAGGAAGCCCAAGGAGAGGAACCACGUGGCCCGCUUCUGGGACAACUUCAGGGACAAGCUGAAACGGAUUGUGGAGAGCAAGUACUUCAACCGUGGGAUUAUGAUUGCCAUUCUGAUCAACACCUUGAGCAUGGGCAUUGAGUACCACGAGCAGCCUGAGGAGCUGACGGAUGUCCUGGAGAUCAGUAACAUCGUCUUCACCAGCAUGUUCGCCCUGGAGAUGCUACUCAAGCUGCUCGCCUUUGGCCUCUUUGGUUACAUCAAGAACCCCUACAACAUCUUCGACGGAAUCAUUGUUGUCAUCAGCGUGUGGGAGAUCAUCGGCCAGUCAGACGGGGGCCUGUCGGUGCUGCGGACGUUCCGCCUGCUGCGUGUGCUCAAGCUGGUGCGCUUCCUGCCGGCGCUGCGCAGGCAGCUGGUGGUGCUGAUGAAGACCAUGGACAACGUGGCCACCUUCUGCAUGCUCCUCAUGCUCUUCAUCUUCAUCUUCAGUAUUUUGGGAAUGCACCUGUUCGGAUGCAAGUUCAGCGUGAGGAUGGAGAAUGGAGACACCGUGCCGGACAGGAAGAACUUUGACUCCUUGCUGUGGGCGAUCGUCACUGUCUUUCAGAUCCUGACUCAGGAGGACUGGAACGUGGUUCUCUACAAUGGCAUGGCCUCCACCUCCCCGCUGGCUGCUCUCUACUUUGUGGCCUUGAUGACCUUUGGAAAUUAUGUCCUCUUUAACUUGCUGGUGGCUAUUCUGGUGGAGGGGUUUCAAGCAGAGGGAGACGCAAAUAGGUCAGACUCCGACGAGGAGAAAAUGUCGACAAAUUUUGAAGAGGAGGAGAAGAUGAGGGAGCUACACUCCUCAGAGAUGAAGAUGCAGUCCUUGAUGAUCACGCCCAACGGACACAUGGAGCCGCGUGCCAGCAUGCCCCCGCCCAUCAUCAUGCGCACGGCCGCCACGCCCAUGCCCACUCCCAAACCCUCCCCCUACAUGGACUCGGUGCAUACCUACUGUGACUCCCGCCGGGGCAGCAGCGCCUCGGUUGACCCAAACACCUGUGACCAGAAGUCCCUGUCCAGCCUGCGAAGCUCCCCUUGUCCCCCGUGGGGUUCGGGCAGCAACUGGGGCAGCCGGCGUUCCAGCUGGAACAGUCUGGGCCGGGCCCCCAGCCUAAAGAGGAAGACCCAGUCCGGGGAGCGGGAGUCCCUGCUGUCGGGCGAGGGCCGGGGCAGCUCGGAGGACGAGGACUCCGACGGGGGCAAGUCCAGCAAAACGGGCAGUGUGAGCGGCGCCUCGCUGCAGAACCGGGCGGAGUCCCUGGACCUCCCCGAGCUGCUGCAGGUGCCCGUGUUGCGCCCGCCGGGCGAGCACUAUGACUGCAACGGCAAGACCCUGCACCUGCCCCCUGACUACCUGCACAAGGACGACCCCGACUACGAGGAGGACAUGGAGGAGAGCUACUGCCUCCGGAUCAAGAAGCUGCUGGAGCCCUAUAAGCCUCAGUGGUGCAGGGAUCACGAGGAGUGGUCACUCUAUCUGUUCUCGCCACAGAACGAGUUUCGCGUGACGUGUCAGAAGGUCAUUGCGCACAAGAUGUUUGACCAUGUGGUCCUGGUGUUUAUUUUCCUCAACUGCAUCACCAUAGCACUGGAGAGGCCAGACAUCCUCCCUCACAGCACGGAGCGUGUGUUUCUCAGUGUCUCCAACUACAUUUUCACUGUGAUCUUUGUUGCUGAAAUGACUGUAAAGGUGGUGGCUCUGGGCUUCUACAAUGGGCCCAACAGCUACCUGCAAAGCAGCUGGAAUGUCUUGGAUGGGUUGCUGGUGUUCGUGUCCAUCGUGGACAUCAUCGUGUCCCUGGCCUCAGCGGGAGGGAACAGGAUCCUGGGCAUUCUGAGAGUGCUGCGCCUGCUGAGGACACUUCGGCCCCUGAGGGUGAUCAGUCGAGCGCCGGGCCUCAAGCUGGUGGUGGAGACGUUGAUAACAUCCCUUCGCCCCAUUGGCAACAUUGUGUUGAUCUGCUGCGCCUUUUUCAUCGUCUUCGGAAUCCUGGGGGUGCAGCUUUUCAAAGGAAAGUUCUACCACUGUGAAGGAUUUGACACGAGGAACAUCACCAACAAAUCUGAUUGCCUGCAAGCCAACUACCGCUGGGUACGGAGGAAAUACAAUUUCGACAACCUUGGACAGGCCCUCAUGUCGCUGUUCGUUCUGUCUUCCAAGGACGGCUGGGUCAAUAUUAUGUAUGAUGGCCUGGACGCUGUGGCAGUGGACCAGCAGCCCAUCCGCAACCACAACCCCUGGAUGCUGCUCUACUUCAUCUCCUUCUUGCUGAUCGUCAGCUUCUUUGUGCUCAACAUGUUCGUGGGUGUGGUGGUGGAGAACUUCCACAAGUGCCGGCAGCACCAGGAGGCCGAGGAGGCGCGGCUCCGCGAGGAGAAGAAGCUGAAGCGCAUGGAGAGAAAGCGCAGGAAAGCCCAGCAGCGGCCAUACUACGCAGACUAUUCCCCCGCCCGCCUCUACAUCCACACACUGUGCACCAACCACUACCUGGACCUCUUCAUCACCUGCAUCAUCGGGAUCAACGUGGUCACCAUGUCCAUGGAGCAUUACAACCAGCCCAAGUACCUUGAAGAAGCUCUGAAAUACUGCAACUAUUUCUUCACCAUUGUCUUCGUCUUUGAGGCGCUACUCAAGCUGAUCGCUUUCGGCUUUCGGAGAUUCUUCAAAGAGAGAUGGAACCAGCUGGAUCUGGCCAUUGUUCUGCUCUCCAUCAUGGGGAUCACGUUGGAGGAAAUCGAGAUCAAUGCCUCCCUCCCCAUCAACCCCACCAUCAUCCGGAUCAUGAGAGUGCUGAGGAUAGCAAGAGUGCUGAAGCUUUUGAAGAUGGCGACAGGGAUGAGAGCUCUGCUGGAUACAGUGGUGCAGGCCUUGCCACAGGUGGGAAAUCUGGGCCUGCUCUUCAUGCUCCUCUUCUUCAUCUAUGCAGCCCUGGGGGUGGAGCUAUUUGGGAAACUUGAAUGUAAUGAUGACAACCCCUGUGAGGGGCUGAGCAGACACGCCACAUUUGAGAACUUCGGCAUGGCGUUCCUCACCCUGUUCAGGGUGUCCACGGGGGAUAACUGGAACGGCAUCAUGAAGGACACUUUGCGGGAGUGCAGGAGCGAGGACAAGCACUGUCUGAGCUACCUGCCGCUCAUCUCGCCCAUCUACUUCGUCACCUUUGUGCUGAUCGCUCAGUUCGUGCUGGUCAACGUGGUGGUGGCCGUGCUGAUGAAGCACUUGGAGGAGAGCAACAAGGAGGCCAAGGAGGAUGCCGAGAUGGACGCCGAGAUUGAGCUGGAGAUGACGCGCCGCCUCAGCACCACCUCGGGGGGGAUGACCCUGGGGCCAGAGAGCAGGGCCACCUACAUGGGGCCACGCCCUGACUCACCUGGACAGGGUGAAGCAUUGCUCUCUGCUCAGGAGAAUCUGCUGUCGGUGCGAAAAACGUCUGUGUCCCGAAUGCACUCCUUGCCCAAUGACAGCUACAUGUUCCGCCCGGUGAGGCCAGCUAACGCCCCCUACCCGCUGCCAGAGGUGGACUCUCAUGAAGGAAAUCCAUGCUUAGGCUCUGUCACCUCAGUCAAUUCCCAACCCUGUGAGGGAAGUUCCCUCCUGCGGGUUCCAGGGGCGUCUCAUCGUGCCAGCCCUGCCUCUCUGUAUGAGAACAGCAGCCUACCCAAGAUACCCCCACCUCGACUUACCCCCGCCCAUAGCAUCAGCAAGCCACUUCGAAGACAGGAAGCAAUCAAGAAUGACUCCAUUGAUGUGCAAAGCUGUGACUCCAAAGACAACCUUGAGCGGCAGUCCAGCGACAGUCUGCAUUUAAAAGUGCCCGGGCCAGGAAACGUUGUCCUGCCCGUGCCACGAAUAUCAGCCCCCAGCAGCCCCCAGGCCUCCCCCCUGCUCCCACCACGUAGCCGCACCUCCAGUGUGCACACACACCGCCAGGUAUAUAGCCAGCACAGCAUCCCCAGCCGGCCCGCCAGCCAGGCCAGCAGCAGCAGCAAUAGCGCCAGUCCCGGCAACUCCAUGUUCGAUUCGGCGGACCCGGCCGACGAGGAGGUUCGCCACAUCAACAGUUCUGCUGAAGACUGGAGAGGGGAACACCCUGAUGUCCGCAGUCACUCCCUCUCGCCCUAUACCCCUCCCAGUGCCCAGAUGCCGCCAUCACUGAAGAACUGCAGCAGUGCCACCAACCUCCUGGGUGGUAGCGUCAACGAGAAGGACCUGAAGAAGUUCUACAGCGUGGACACCGAGGGCUUUCUGGCCAAGCCCACCUGGGCCGACGACCCUCGCCGGCACUCCAUUGAGAUCUGCCCCUCCAUCGAGGACCACUCGGCCUUUGAGCAGCCUGCGGAGGACCAGAGGCGGGCCUCCCUGCACAGCCCACCCGUGUCCCCCGGUCACUUGACCGUCCACAGGAAGAAGAAAAUGAGUCCCCCCUGCAUCUCCAUAGAGCCGCCCCUGGAGACGGAGCUCUCAACACCUUCGGCGUCCCUCACCAAAAUUUCCGAGAGCAGCAUGCUGCUGCGGAGAAGGACGCCCUCCUGCGAGUCCACCCUCCAGCGCGACUCCCUGGACCUGCUGGAACCCCCGCCCCUGCCCCUCGCCGAACCACCCCCCAAAGUGGAAAGGCGCCCCUCUUGCCGGAACGAACACCUGAACAUUCCCCAGUUCUCGUUUGACCAGUCAGACCUGAGCUCUCUGAGUAGCAUGUCAGACAUCCUUUCAGACAGUGACCAGUCCACACACUCCUCCUUUGAUACCAAACUAGAGGGUGGGGCUAAUACAGAGGUCAGUAAACGGGACCACCUACAGAUUUGCCCAAACGAUGGCCUAGAGAGCAGCAACCCGGCCCUGCUCAGUGUGUCCAGGAGUCCCCUGAGAAAGAGAGGGCUGAUCCGCAUGGCAAGCACAAGAGAUGAGGAUAUUGAGGAUUCAGUUGCAUAGCCGAAGUGUUUGAGGCAAACUAUCUGGCCACCUGUAGUGUAAGCCAACCAGGAAUGGCCACUGCUGACCACCCAUCCCUGGAAACUGCGCUUAUGAAAAUCCCAGGAGCCUGGUUUACUACACGGGAUAUGCAAUUUCAGUCUUUAGAAUGGAACUUGGCAACCUAUG